AUGGUACAUGAGAUAGAAGCUCUUACCGCGUCGCUAAUUUCUGCACAAAGUGAGAUUGAUGAGUUACGAAGAGCUCGUACACCCCUCUCCCCGGAGAAGAGUUUGAUUGUUGAACCGUCCAAUAAGGAAGAGUUGAUCCGUCUUCAAGAAGAAAAGGACGAUGCCUUGUUUGCACUGCAACAAGCCAAUCAACGUAUCAGCGAUCUGGAGUCUGAGCGAGAAGAUCUCACUGAACGUGCCGAAGCUGCGAAUGCCGAAGCGCGGGAUAUGGCCAGGCAUUCAAAAGAACUUCGUGAACAAGUGCAUGAGUUAGAGGCAGAACUUGCAACGUCUCGUAGUAACGUUGGUGUCGCAAAUCGUGGUAAUUCGAUGUUUGCUGAGUUUGCCGAGGAGCGCUUGAAACUGGAAGCAGACAUGAAGUCGUUGUACGCGAAAUACGAAGCUGUCCGAAAGCAGAAUUACCAACUCUCAAACGAACUUGACGAAGCCCGUUUGCUAGCUUUGCGGCGGACUAGAAGCGAGGUCAGCUGAGA